CCACACCUGCCCUGCUAAGCCACGCCCCUCGUCUGCAAUAAAACUCCCUCGUGACAGGAAGACCUGUCAAUCCCUCCCAAAACUACACGAGCACAACUUGUUGGCAGGUUGACAUUGUUGGCUUGGAGAAAAAAAAGCGAAGCAUUGCGGCACUGAUCGUGUCUAGUGGAGCACAAAUACCGACGUGGGAGCUUCAUCGGGCCUCCAUGCUCCUGCAGUCCGGAGGGUGUUAAGAUCCAUGGAAGUGGCAGGUUUCUACGACGAGGGCGGCUUUGCUAUUCACGCGAGAGACAGCAUUCUCAACCCGGUCGGCGGCGGGGGUGGGGGCGGCUCGUACUGGAGGCUCGGGGACUCGAUGACCGAGUUGGGCAUCGAGGAGCGGGAGAGAGCGAUCGACUUCAGCGUCUACCUGGACCCGGCCGUGCACUGCCCGCAGCUGGCGGGGCACACGCACCCUCCGCAGGGGGACGUCUUGUCCGACUUCCUGGCCGACAACAAGCUGAAGAGAGUGGCCAACUUUCGGAACUACACGCUGCUCAACGAGCUGGAGGCGGCUCAGCGAGACGGCCCGCGGGAGCCCCGGGGGCCGCCGUACGGGCUGGGCUACGCCGACCUGCAGGAGACGCGUGUGGACAGCGUGCUCGCGUCGGAGCUGAUCCGCUACCGGGCCGCCGCCAACCCCUCCGACAGAGACGAGGACGCGAAGAUGGACAACGGCUCGACGGGCUUCGACAUGAGGUCCUACCUCCAGUACCAGUCCACCAGUGGGAGCAUGGGCAACAUAUCUACGGCGUCUUCCACAUGCUCCAGCCCGCCCGGAACACCGGCGCCGGCAGGUCAGGGCAGGUCCCCUUCGCACGGCGCCAAGCUCUCCGGGAAGUCGAAGAAGCGCCUGGACAAGGACAGUGAAGAGUACCGGCUGCGGAGGGAGAGGAACAACCUGGCGGUGAGGAAGAGUCGGGAUAAAGCCAAAAUGCGCAACUUGGAGACGCAACACAAAGUGCUGGAACUGGCGGCGGAGAACGAUCGUUUACAGAAGCGAGUGGAGCAGCUGUCAAGAGAGCUGGCGACCCUGCGGAACCUGCUGUCGGCCACCGGCCAGUGUUAGAGAGCCGAGGACUGUCCGUUUUAGGAGGGUGGUAUGCCGCGACCACCAGUUUACAUAUAGACACUUUGCAAUGAGACUGAAGAAGUGGCUUGCACGGAUUGCGCAAUCACUGACUGCACUUCUGGACAUGUCACCUUAGCUUUGUUAUUCUCGUGUAAGUGUGUAUAUGCAGUAUUUGUGUGCUGGCUCGACAUACAUGCGAAUUUAUACAUUUUUUGUGUAACUGGAGCAGCGGCUGGUUGUCAAGGGAAGAGUUGUGCUGCAGUGAAAUGAUGCAACUCUUUGUAAUAGUAUUGGCAAUGGAUGAAAUAAGUCGAAUUAUUUAAUAUGCCCACAGUGAAAUGCAUUUAAUUGUACUUUAUAUUUUGUUGAAUAAAAUAAUUUCUACUUUUGUUCUAACAAUUUUA